AUAUAGACGAUUUCCCAUGAGAGGACAGCCAGGUGGCGCUGUCCAAGGUCAUUACAGUCACGUUGUUGUCCGAGGUCGUACGUGCAUUUUAAUGAGCUUGAUAAGUUUUUCGACAUUUUUAUCUGUUGUAUUAUUUUGUUGAAUUUUUUGUAUUUUCUCUUUAUUGAUUAACUUUUUUGAUUGAUGGAUAUUCCGUAAUUUUUGUGUGAUGGCUUAAAAAUCGUGUGGAUUUAUUGGAUUAACACUGCUAUUGACCAAAGUGGUCAACAAAAUGGCGGAAAAUAAUAUUGAUCAAUCGACGUCCGAAAGGAACAAUUUUGCCGAAAUGGUGAAACGUCGUACAAAAGAAAUUUAUAAAAUUAAAUCAGGAAAGGUUUCAGAAACGAUGGGAAACCACGAUACUGAUAUUAACACUAGAAGUGUAAUGAAUAGAAGUUCAGAUGCAAUGCGCACGUCCGCGGGAAGUGGUAUACUGCGCAUGUCCGGGAACCCGGAAAGUGAAAGUGAAACUAACGGGACUGAAAAUAAUAACAGUCCAACAAUAAAAGACAUGAUGGACAAGUUUUCUAGCAUGGAAAAAUCUCAAACAGAGAUUAUGGCUAAUUUAGCCGUGAACAUUCUGCAAUUGCAAGACAAAGUCAGUGGCAAAGAGUUGAAUAAAGCAAAAACUCAUCCACAAAAAGAGUCCGAUAGGACAGUAACUGUCAGUGCUAGUGACAUUCCUGAAUUAUCAGACAUAUCAGAUGACGAUAUGGAGUCUGAGGAGGAACAAGAUGACCAAGAUUUUGGUUGUUCUUUAGACCAAAUGCUAGAUGAGGUAGACGAAGACUUCUUUCUAGAGUUAGAGAAAGAAUAUGAAGAGGACAAAAAGUUUGGUCCUGAGAUUGACAGUGCUAUGGCAAAACUUGCUGAAACAGCUAUUGAGAAACCGUUAAAAGACGAGGAGUAUCAAAAGUUAACAGACAAAUAUUUGGUGCCAUUAAAUUGUAAAAAGAUAAAGGUACCUCUGGUAAACAGAGAAUUAUGGAAGGUGUUAAAAACCAAGCGAGAAGGAGAUGUGGCGAUGCAAACGGUGACUCAGACAUGUAGUUCAGCAUUAGUCAUGGUACUCAAGGCUUUGAACAUUAUUAAGACCAAAGGGGACAUGAGUGAAACGAAACCCAUAUUCAAAGAUUUGUUUAAAGUUCUAACUCAUGGGAUUUGUACGGCAAACAGGAAAAGAAAGCAGAUGAUAAGGCCUAUAGUCCCAGGGAAAUACAGGAAAUUGUGUGAAGUAGACACACCUGUUACAGAAUUUUUAUUCGGUGACAACCUGGAUGAAAAAGUAGACAAACUGGACAAAGAUGACAAAAGGUCAGACAAGUUAUCUAUGGAAUCAGGAGGUGUUUUUUUAGGAAAAAGAAAGCACAAUUGGUCAAUGGACAGUCAUUGGGGUCCGGCAAAAGACAAAAACUGGCCAAUAGACAAAUUUUGGCCAAAGGACAAAUUCUGGGCAAAAAACAAAAAGAAACUAAAGAAACCAAAGACAAUGCAUUAA